AUGCAAUUAUAUCCCAACACCCAGAUUUCCCAGGAGAGACCCCAAACUCAGACUGGGGCCAUGGAGGGGACAUUCCUGGCAGAGGGAGGGCUGACAUGGACAGGGAAGCAGAGGCCCAAUCAUUUCUGCCUGCCGGCCACAGUCUUCGCCCACUGCCCCGCACCCUCUCCCAGUCUCCUCCCUCCAUCCCCCCGUGCCCACUCCCCUCCCCCAGAGAAAGCCCGAAGUCAAAGAACGCCUUUCCCCCAGAAGCCCAUGCGCCUGGCUCCCAGUCCCCAUAGCAGCUCAGCAGAGGAGGACCUGCCCGGGGCCCUGGAACAGGAGGGAACGAAGGUAAACGUUUAA